UUCAUUGAUAAUUUUACUGGACAAAGGAUUGUUUAAAAUUGAGUCCAAAUGGAAACAUCAUCUGCCUCCGCUUUUUCCAGCUCGGACACCGCUGCCUUGGAACGGCAAACGGAAGCGGAGCAAUCGGUAACUCUCGAACAAAUUUGGAACGAAAACCACCGGAGAACGAGCACCGAUUGGAUUCGAAAAAAUGGUUUUAAAAGAGUUUGCCUGCAAUUCCCGGACGACUAUCUUCCACACAGCAAUGCUAUUAGUGUGGCCCUGACAGAGCUACUUGCGCUGGAGCAAGUGAAGGUCUUCAUCCUUGCCGACACCACAUACGGAAGCUGCUGCGUGGACGAGAUUGCGGCUGCCCAUGUGGAUGCAGACAGUCUAAUACACUUCGGGAAUGCCUGCCGCAGCAAGGCAUCCCGCUUGCCUGUGCUUUACCUUUAUCCAGAGUUGGUGCUAGAUGUGGGUCUCCUCUUGAGUAAACUACAAAGCCUACGUGCAGAAUGCAAAGAUAGGCAGCUUUGCGUCUACCUGGACAUUGGAUAUCAGCAUAUCCUUAAUGAACAACUGAAGAAGCAUCUAAAAGAGGCUCUGGAACCCAAGGAUUUCGUUUUGGAGUUAUUUCCACCCAUCGAGGCAGAUUCAAUAGCCUCUAAGGAAAGUACGAGCCUCGAGCGCAUUUGCAUUUUUGUUGGCGCCGAUAACCAGCGUUUCGCCAAUCUUUCCUUAACUGCUCCAGCUGCUGUUCAGUGGCAUAUCUAUGAUGGUGCCUCUAGCAAUCUCAGCUCUAAGAAUCCCCUUACGGCUCAGUUUAUACGACGUCGCUAUUUCCAUAUCGAAAAGUGCAAAGAUGCUCAAACUCUAGGACUGAUCGUGGCCACUCUUUCGGCUGAGGGUUACCUAGAUGUGGUGACGCGUUUGCAAACGAUGGCAAAAGGUAGAGGCAUUAAGACUCAGCUUAUUUCUGUGGGCAGGAUAAAUCCUGCAAAACUGGCGAACUUCCUGGAGAUCGAUUGCUUCGUCUUGAUCGGUUGCCCCUUCAAUAAUAUGUACGACUCCAAGGAGUACUAUAAGCCGAUAGUUUCCGUCUUUGAGGCUGAAAUGGCUCUGAACCCCGCUUGGCACAUGAGAUAUCCCGAAGCCUAUGUCACGGACUUCAAACAACUUUUACCAGAGGGUCGCAGCUUCCUGCCUUUUGAUGCCGCAGAUAUACCAGAGCACGAUGUCAGCUUAGUUAGUGGUAGACUAAGAGGAACGGUCAACGAAUGCCUGGAGACAGCAGGAGAUCCCGCUUCUCUAGCGUUGGCAACACAAGCCAAAAUGUCAUUGAUGACCACGGACACGGGGCUCUCGUUCGAGGAUCGCACAUGGCAGGGAUUGGACCCCGCACUGGGCCAAACAGAGCCCGCCCAGCUGCAGCAGGGUCUCAGCGGUAUUCCUAUUAACUACACACAUCAAUAAAGGGCUAGAACAUCUUGUAUAA